UCUCAAACCGCACGUGUUGUCGCGUCGCGAUUCCUUAGGUUAGUGGUGCCUUGGAUCUUCGACGCGCCUGAAGUUGGCCACAUUCAUUCCUCCAACAUUCACAUCAACCAAAUGUCCAAAACGCUCUCGGCCGGCGAGAAAGGCACUCCUACCGCCACCAGACUCCACGGCACGCCCGCUUCAGUCGAUCGUUUACACAAGCCCUUCAAAUGUCCCGGCUCCGCCACCUCGACGCGAGCUACUGAAAAGCCAGCAAGGAAGCGACGCAAGGUUAACUAUGCCGGUGCAGAUGGCGACGCAGAGGAGGGCGACAAGCCUUACUCCAACGACGACAGGCUCGCUCUUGCCACCCGGGAUGCGAACCGGUUUCCAGUCUUCAAGCCCAAGGACAAAGACACGGCAUUUAAAGCGCGAUUUACUGUACCAUUGAUAACGAAGGAUACGGGGUCGUAUAAUCCAUUUCGGCCAGCACCUCUGCUGGGGAUGAGGCAAGGACGAGUCUUCGUGGCACGGCCGCUACAUGAUCCCAGUGGAGAGUUUGCAAUCGUGCUCUAUGAUCCAACUGUGGACGACAAGCCGAUACCGAAGGAGGACGUAGAGCCGAAGUUAAGUCAAGAGCAGAAAGAGGACCUGGACGUGCCCGUGGUUCACAAAAGUCUAGCGGACAUCCUAGGCAUUAAGAAGAAAGUCGAUAAUGAUCAUCCACGAGUACCAGUCGUCAUUGACCCCCGGCUAGCCAAAGUAUUACGCCCACAUCAAGUCGAGGGUGUCAAGUUUUUGUAUCGUGCAACAACGGGAUUGAUCGACCCGAAAGCGAACGGCUGCAUCAUGGCAGAUGAGAUGGGUCUAGGAAAAACACUGCAGUGCAUCGCGCUCAUGUGGACUCUUUUGAAGCAAUCGCCGGACGCAGGGAAACCUACAAUCCAGAAAUGCGUCAUUGCGUGCCCAUCCAGCUUGGUGAGAAACUGGGCGAAUGAACUGGUAAAAUGGCUAGGUAAGGACGCCAUCACACCGUUUGCCAUUGAUGGGAAAGCUUCGAAAGAAGAGCUGCUACAACAAAUCAAACAAUGGAGCAUCGCUUCCGGUCGAUCGGUUGUGAGGCCUGUGUUGAUCGUUUCCUACGAAACUCUACGACUCAACGUAGGAGAGCUGGCACAAACCCCCAUUGGCUUGCUGUUGUGUGACGAAGGCCAUCGCUUGAAGAAUGGCGAAAAUCAGACGUUCACCGCACUCAACGGAUUGAACGUCCAAAAACGCGUUAUCCUUACCGGAACGCCCAUUCAGAAUGAUCUUUCUGAGUACUUUUCUCUUCUCAAUUUUGCCAAUCCAAACUACCUCGGUACUAGGAAUGAUUUUCGCAAACAGUACGAGAUUCCCAUAUUACGAGGCCGUGAUGCCAAUGGUACAGAUGAGGACCGUAAGAAAGGAGACGAGCGUCUGCGAGAGCUUUUGACCCUGGUCAACAAAUUCAUCAUCCGGCGGACAAACGACAUAUUAUCCAAAUAUCUCCCAGUCAAGUACGAGCACGUAGUGUUCUGUCAUCUCGCACCUUUUCAGAAGGAUCUGUACAAACACUUCAUACAAUCGCCAGAUAUCAAAUCGCUUCUUCGUGGGAAAGGCUCCCAACCACUAAAAGCCAUUGGUAUGCUCAAGAAACUCUGCAAUCAUCCGGAUCUUCUUGAUCUGCCAUCAGACCUGACCGGCUGCGACGAGUUUUUACCGGAUGACUUUGUCCCCAAAGACGCAAGAGGAAGAGAUCGUGAAGUCAAAGUUUGGUAUUCAGGAAAAAUGCUGGUUCUAGAUCGGAUGCUCGCUCGCAUUCGCGCGGAUACUAAUGACAAGAUCGUUCUCAUUUCCAAUUACACACAAACUCUCGACGUCUUUGCCGCGCUGUGUCGCUCUCGCGGAUACGGGUGUCUUCGCCUGGAUGGAACCAUGAAUGUCUCGAAGCGGCAAAAGCUUGUAGAUAAGUUCAACGACCCUGAAGGCCCAGAAUUCGUCUUCCUGCUUUCUUCCAAGGCCGGUGGCUGCGGUCUCAAUCUCAUUGGUGCAAAUCGACUGGUUCUUUUCGAUCCAGACUGGAAUCCUGCAGCUGACCAGCAAGCUUUGGCACGUGUCUGGCGCGAUGGGCAGAAGAAGGAUUGUUUCGUUUACCGCUUCAUCACGACUGGGACUAUUGAAGAAAAGGUUUUCCAGCGCCAGUCCCACAAACAAGCCUUGUCGUCUUGUGUCGUCGAUUCAUCGGAGGAUGUUGAGCGGCACUUUUCAAUCGAUUCUCUUCGCGAGCUAUUCCAGUACAGGGAUAACACAACGAGUGAUACUCAUGACACGUUCAAGUGCAAACGUUGUAGGAAAGAGGAUGGAAGACAGGUUAUCAAGGCACCGGCGAUGCUCUACGGCGAUACAAGUUCAUGGAAUCAUUUUGUCAACGACGGUGACAAUGGUCCACUAGGGAAGAUCCAAGAUUUGCUUCUCAGGCAGGAGACAGCGGAGAAGGAUGUCAGUGCUGUCUUCCAAUAUAUCAGCCAUUAG